AUGUCUUUGAAUAUCUACAUUGCUCACACCGGUGAGCAUUUACUGGCUGAUCCAGUGUCAUUUGCCUCUCCGGAUGCACUACGAACAUGGAUCGCCCGUCAUACCUCGAUACCUGCACAGAGGCAGAUCUUGAUGACCGCUCGUGGGAAGAACGUCAGGAUACAGUCACUUGCCACCGAGGAUGAGAUUUUCGUUUAUGACCGCCGUUUUGUUAGCGAACCCGAGAAUGUUGAGCUCCCGGAGCUUUCUUCUCCCGAGCCUUUCACCCCGGACACUCCUCCUGAUACCCUGACCAACCAGAACGAUGUACAAGCAUGGCGGAAUCUUUACAUGGCCAGACGGUCAUGGGCCUUAGGCCUGGCAGAGAGGUGUGGAGCUAUGGACAAGAUCAUCCACGAACACAACGAGCGGACGGACAUCAUCAAUCGGGCGGCGGGCGUAGCUCUCGAGAAUCUAAAGACCCAUGUGGGCAAUCUGGAAAAUCGGUUUCAAGAGGCUCAGACUUGGGCAAAUGACUUGUUGAAAGAGCAGCGAGUUGCUCUGGAUGGAUGGCAGCGCGCGCUCGCGACACUCGAAAGCAUUCCCGCACCAAAAGUCUUUCCCUUCCUGGGACGUCCAUCAACACCCAAAGAGCACGCAGAUCGGCCAACGGGGUCGCUUCGGGAUUUCGUGGAUGCAGAUGAAGUUGAAAAAGCCGGAGCGGAAGCAGCGGCUGAGUCUUCGCGCUUUGCCCGUCAAAUUGAUGAUGUUGCUGAAGCUGUCAGGGGCAUCACUGCAGACACGCAACGCUUGAUCGACGGCCCGAUGCCGUCAGGCGCCGAUGUCGCCGACGGACUGCAGGAGAUGAUUACUAUCGCGAAGAAAAUAAGCUCCGACUAUGAGCACGUUCUAGCUCUGCCGAACAAUCAGAAGACGUUAGCAAAUGUUUCCAGGCUUGCGCUGACUCAUACCCAAGAUCUUCUCCCUUCAAUGUUGGACAUUAGUGCUGAGAUCCAUGCCGGGCUUGGAGAAGCUGUCAGACGACAUAAUACUGCAAUGAAAGUCGCUCUCGACCAUAUGCGGACUAUCUCCGCGAUUGAGCUACGCCUCGCGGACGUACAAUCUCAGAUCAUUAACCUCAACGUCCAGAGCGACGCUUUUGAUGUUGUGUUCUCUGUCUACCACAUGCCUAUGGUCUACGGCUCUAUCUUAGUGGAGUCCGUGCGGCGUCGCGAGUUCAAUGAAAAAAUGAAAGCCGAUUCUCUGACGCUGGCCGAGGAGAUGGCUGUCUUCAGAGAUGAGGAGCAGCGCCGGCGGAAGAAAUGGCUGAAGAGCAUGGGCGACUUCAUCUCCCUUACAGAGACCACUACUCCCGGCGUCGAGAUCAAUCUGCAGGGCCUCGACUAUGAAUGGCCCGAGGUCAAUAGAAACGAUAUUGAAUCAUAUAUCCAACAUCUCAAAUCUCGACCAGCCAUGGCUAGUCUCGCCGAUGAGCUUACGCAACAGUACAAAGACUUAGAUGCGCCUACUCGCCACCAGCGCCGCAGGGCAAAGGCUUUCAAGCAGGGUAGCAUCUUCGACUUAAGCCGAAGCUCCCUCCUCCUCCGGAGCGACGAUAUGCUGCGGAGUCUGAGGGAUGAAAAGUCCAAGCUUGAAGAGAAGUUGAAGGGUUCGGAAAGCCGGAUUCGAAAGCUCGAGGACCUGCUUCACCGCCAGAGCCAGCUCAGUCGGCCGGUCAGUGGAAACUUUAGUCUGGAAUUUCCUAGCUCUCCAGCUUCGCCCCAUCCCGAUGCGCUUUCCAGGCGUUCAUCAGUGUCGUCCCGAAGGAUGUCUAACAACCAGUCUUCAGAGGACAAGACGCUAGCGCAGCGAAUCGUCACACUGGAGGCAGAGCUGAAUGCGGAGCGGGAGACCGUGCAGAGGCUCCACAAGGAGGCACACGCGGAGAGAUUGUCUAAUACCGAUAAGAUACAGGAGGCACAGUCUACUAAGAAAGAUCUCAUCGGCAAUCUUGAAGCCCGCCAACGGGAGUUCGACGAAGAGCGGCGUUAUCUGGAGGGAGAAUUAAAAAAAUACAGACUUCGAACAGAAGAACUUGAGGAGGAACUGGAUCGGAUUACAGACAGCCGCGACCAUGCGAAACAAGACGCCGACGAACGGAUCAGUCAACUCGAGACCGAACUGCAAAAUCUUCAUAUUCACGCAGAGGAAGAGCUACACCGAGCGAACGGUCUGCUCGAGCAAAUGCAGGCCCAGAAGAUGACGGAAGAGAGCCUCCAGCAGCGGAUCAACGACCUUGAGAAGCAGCAGUCGGAGAUCAAAGCGACAGAGCAAGAGAGUCUUCAGACCUUGCAGGCUGCGUUCACGAACCUGUCCCCUGGGGGCGCUGUGCCAGCUGAAAUCCCUAGUAUUAUCAAGGCAAUUGAGGUGCUUUCAGAAGGGCUCUCGAUUCACGUUAAGAAUGCCGAAGAAAAGAUGGCUGAGGCAGUAGCCGAGAACAAAGCUCUCGAAGAGCGGAUGAAUCAACUGGAGACCGAGGUUCAAGACGCCAGGAAGAGCGCGGAGCAGCGCGAGUCGGAACUGGCCCAGGUCCGAGGAGAGCUAGCACAGGAAAAGGAGAAACUAGUCGCAGUGCAGUCGGAGCUCCAUGAUGAGAGAUCACAGCUCUAUGCUCUGCAGUCCCAGCGUGCAGAUGGUGACGUCGGUACUGAUGCCUUGCGCCAACGUGUAGUAGAAGAGGAAAGGAAAUUAGGAAGCUUGUCUCAAAGACUAGCUGAGGUCGAGGCUCAAGCUCGCCAGUCCGAACAGGAAGUUUCCGCAUGGAAGAACAAAGUCAAGGCCAUUUCGGAAUCCGAGCAGCAAGCGACAACGCGCAUUGAGAUUCGUGGUUCAAGAGCAAAGGAGCUUUCCCAGCAGCUCUUUGAACAGGUCGAGAAGAUGGAGCAUAUGCUCGAGCAACUGGGCUUCACUGUGAUUCGGCAGGACGGGGAGAUAGUUGUUCAGAGAGCGUCGAAAGUCAAUGCUUCCUCUGGUAUUGGCGAUAGUCUUGCCCUGUCAGGGGUCGUCUCUGUCAAGCCAGACCCCAGCCUUAUAGACUGGAUGCAAGCAGAGACUGCCCAAGAGGAGACGGAUCGGUACAUGGCCUUUUUGGAGUCUCUGUACCAGUUUGACGUGGACGUCUUUGGAGAUGCGGUCGUCAAACGAGUGAAAGAUAUUGAGCUCCUUGCUCGAAAAUGGCAGAAAGAGGCAAGAGGAUACCGGGACAAGUACCACCGGAUGCAGAGCGAGGCGCAUGAUAAGAUUGCGUAUCGCUCCUUCAAAGAAGGGGAUCUUGCUCUGUUCCUUCCCACCCGUAACCAAGCCAUCCGCUCCUGGGCGGCAUUCAAUGUUGGAGCACCGCACUAUUUCCUACGCGAGCAAGAUGCCCAUAAACUGCAGACCCGUGACUGGCUACUGGCUCGGAUCACGAAGAUCGAAGAGCGUGUGGUGGAUCUUUCAAAGUCAAUGAAUGGAGCCCACCCGGACCGUCGAUCCAUAGGGGGAACCAGUGACGCCGCUUCGUUCGAUGACGAGAAUCCCUUCGAACUGUCUGACGGUCUCCGCUGGUACCUCUUGGACGCAAAUGAAGAGAAGCCCGGCGCCCCUGCAACCCCGGCCUGGGUAAAAGCACCGUUGCGCCGGCGCACGUAG